AUGGCGAGAUAUCGACUAUACACAAAUAUACAAAAAUUGCAUUCGACUGAAGAAUGUACGAUCGUUCUUGAUAUUACUCAACGAGAUUUUCGAUCAAAUCCUUCAUUAAAUCUUUAUGUUAAACAUUGGCUUAUUGAUAUUGAUGAUUUUAUUGAUUUUAUUCUUAUUUCAACUUAUACUAAAAUAACUCUCAUUAUUUCUUCUCUUUUGGCUAAUAUCGUAUGUUAUAUUAUUCAUCCUAUUUUUCCUCAAAUUAUUCGAAUUAUCAUUGUUGGUGAUUGUUCAUGUCGUUGUGAACAUGUUGAACACUUUGAUGAUAUGCAAUCACUUCCAGUUGAACGAUCAUCGCAUGAUUUAAAUUUAGAUACAGCUAAAUUUCUCUGGUACAAAUAUUAUUUCAAUAUUCUUCCACGUUUAAAAAAUACAUCUGUAGCACGACGUGAAAUGUUAGAAUGUAUACGAGUAUUUCAUAAGCAACAAGUUGAUACAGUUAAAAAGAUAUGUGAAGAAUUUGAACAAACGUAUAAAUCUCAAGAUAUUCUAAAAUGGUAUACUCGGAAUUCUUUUUGUUAUCUUCUACUAAAUCGAACACUUCGUUCCGAAGAUAUUAAUCAUAUUUUUUCUAUGCGCUAUAUAAUUGAUGAUUUAGAAAAUUGCUUUGUACAAAAUUGUUAUCAAUACAUAGAUAAUCCGAUUCAUACUGUAUAUCGUGGUCAACAAAUACAUCUA